UUCGUGAACCACUGCCGAUUAAACUUAUAAAGUGACAUAGUUUUCUGUAAUAGAACUUUUAUUGCUGUGACUGUUAAAGAGAGUUUAUUUCAUGUGAACUCAUGGCUGCUCUCCGUAAAGGUGGCUCGUUGUUGGGGUACUGGAAAACUAAGUUAAAAGAAACGUAUUUUGGUAUUAAUACUCCAAAACCUCCGUUCGACUUCGCUGUUCAAGUGGGCGAUCCUGUUUUACGACAAAAGGCGGAUGAAGUUAAGGCUGAGGACAUCAAGUCACCGGAGAUCCAGGAGUUAAUCUCAAAGUUAGUUUCGAUCAUGCAGCGUAACCGCGCCUACGGCAUGGCCGCUCCUCAGAUAGGAGUCCCUCUUCAAGUAUUCGUGACAGAGCUUCGUCCCAAAGAAGUUGCAGCUUUCACAGACGAAGACAGGGAUUCGCAAAGUAUCUUUGCUUGGAGUCGCAAAGUCUUUAUCAAUCCUAAAAUGACCAUCGAGGAUUCAAAGAAAUUAAUAUUCAAGGAGGCAUGUCUUAGCAUACAUGGGUACGCAGCUCACGUACCAAGGGCUGUCAAGGUUAAAGUUAAAGGAUUGGAUCAUAACGGUAACCCACAUGAAUGGACGGUGUCUCACUUUGGCGCUCGAGUAGUUCAACAUGAAAUGGAUCACCUCAACGGCAGGCUCUUCACCGACAUCAUGGAUCCACACACGUUUCACUUCAUGCUGUGGAAACUGGUGCAGAAAGUUCCUCAGGCUCGCAAAUCGUUCGGUGGUCUAUAGCGCUAGUUCAAACCUAUGUUGUAUAAGAAUAGUCUUCACGUGAAAUCUAUUGAAAAAAAUCACAAUUGUAUUUAAAUGUAACGAUUUGUUUCUCAUUGUCAGUGUUUUUACGUUUUAUAGAGGUUACCGUAAUAGGUCCGAUAUGGUUGCUGUUGCAUAGUUAACAGGUCUAUGCAUUUGCUUGUUAUGUUUUUUUAGAAAGAUGUUACUAAUAACAUCAAGUAGGUACAGUGCAAUACAAUCCUUUUUCAACCUGCUUUCACUAAAGAGUUCGCAACUGGCAAGCUCUGCAAAGCGGUCAUGAACUUGUGACAGCUUCACUUUUAGGUCAGUUGUAUUAGCAACAUUUUGAGCAACUAUCGUGAAAUGGUAGAAUUCAGCUAAAAUAGAAAGAAU